GCGCUUCCGCGGGGGUCCCGGGGUUCCCAAGUGGGGGGCGGGUGGCGAGCCCUCCCAGGGGUGCGGUAGGAACGGCGCCGCGUCUCACCCCCCUCGAGUAGUCGGCGCCCGGCCGAGCCCAGCUCGCGAGGGCGCCGGGAAGAGGGAAGCGUGGAGCCCUAGACCCGCGUUCCCAUCCCGGGGUGUCCCCCGGAGCGGGAGCCCGGGUUGCGCGGUGGCAGAUGUCGCGGCCGUGGGGCCUGGAAGCGAUUUUUGCCGAGUCACGCACUGCACUUUUAGUCGGGCACCUUGUGACCUCGAAUCAAUUACAUGUAAAAGUAUUGGCCGGGCGCGGUGGCUCACGCAUGUAAUCCCAGCACUGUGGGAGGCCGAGGCGGGUGGAUCACAAGGUCAAGAGAUCGAGACCAUCCUGGCUAACACGGUUCUGGAGGACACGUGCCGGCGACAGGACUUCAACCCCUGUGAAUAUGAUCUGAAGUUUCAGAGGAGUGUGCUCGACCUUUCUCUGCAGUGGAGAUUCGCCAACCUACCCAACAAUGCCAAGCUGGAGAUGGUGCCUGCUUCCCGGAGCCGUGAGGGGCCUGAGAAUAUGGUUCGCAUCGCUCUGCAGCUGGACGAUGGCUCCAGGCUGCAGGACUCUUUCUGUUCAGGCCAGAGCCUCUGGGAGCUUCUCAGCCAUUUUGCACAGACCAGGGAGUGCCUGCAGCACGCCAGCGGGGCCACCCCAGUCUGCGUGUACACGAGGGACGAGGUGAUGGGUGAAGCUGCCCUGCGGGGCACGACGCUGCAGUCGCUGGGCCUGACCGGGGGCAGCGCCACCAUCAGGUUUGUCAUGAAGUGCUGCGACCCUGUGGACAAGACCCCAGGAAGCCUGGGCUCGUCAGUGUCGUCGGUGUCGGCUGGCCAGGCAGCUGCCAGCACUUCGCUUCCCUUGGAGUCUGGAGAGCUCAGCCGCGGCGACUUGAGCCGUUGGGAAGACGCGGACACCUCAGGGCCCUGCUUCAAGGACACUCAGGAGAAGCAGAGCACGAGGGCGCCCGCACCUGCCCCCUUUGUUCCUUUCUCAGGCGGGGGACAGAGACUGGGGGGUCCUCCUGGGCCCACGAGGCCUCUGACAUCAUCUUCAGUCACGUUGCCAAAGACCCUCUCCAGCCCCGGAGGCCCCUCCAAGCCAAAGAAGUCCAAGUCGGGCCAGGAUCCCCGGCAGGAGCAGGAGCAGGAGCAGGAGCAGGAGCAGGAGCCGGAGCCGCCCGUGGACCUGGAGCCCGUGGACCGGGAGCCUGUGGUGUGCCACCCUGACCUGGAGGAGCGGCUGCAGGCCUGGCCAGCGGAGCUGCCUGAUGAUUUCUUUGAGCUGACGGUGGAUGACGUGAGAAGGCGCUUGGCCCAGCUCAAGAGUGAGCGGAAGCGCCUGGAAGAAGCACCCUUGGUGACCAAGGCCUUCAGGGAGGCGCAGAUAAAGGAGAAGCUGGAGCGCUACCCAAAGGUGGCUCUGAGGGUUCUGUUCCCCGACCGCUACGUCCUACAGGGCUUCUUCCGCCCCAGCGAGACAGUGGGGGACUUGCGAGACUUCGUGAGGAGCCACCUGGGGAACCCCGAGCUGUCGUUUUACCUGUUCAUCACCCCUCCAAAAACAGUCCUGGACGACCACACGCGGACCCUCUUUCAGGCCCUACCCCACCUGGACCCUCUGAAAUGUUCCUCGUUGACAAAUGGUCUUGCAGAAGGUGGGAUGGCUCCUGCAGUCCCCGCUCCUGCUCUGUGGUGGAUGCCCCGUCUCUCCUGGGCACCGUGGUGCCGCCUGCCUCCCAGGCAAACCUCUUCCCGGCCGCUCUGGUACACUUCGGAGCCAAGGAGCCGGCAGGUGUCUACCUGGAGCCUGGCCUGCUGGAGCACGCCAUCUCCCCAUCUGCAGCCGACAUGCUGGUGGCCAGGUGCAUGUCCAGGGUCGCCGGGUCCCCUUCCCCAUUGCCAGCCCCUGACCCUGCACCUGAGUCUGAACCAACUGCUGAGGAGGGGGCACUGGGUCCCCCCGAGCCCAUCCCAGGGACAGCCCAGCCUGUGAAGAGGAGCCUGGGCAAGGUGCCCAAGUGGCUGAAGCUUCCAGCCAGCAAGAGGUGAGAGCCACCAGCCCAAGGUGCCCACUCUGCCACCCACAGGACCACCUCCCCUGCCAGUAGGAAUAAAGACUUGUGCAACCCUCAA